ACUAUGGGCUCCUUUGCUUGGUUUCUCUUAGCAUUCCUAUUUCCAUUAACUCUAGUGAAGGAUGUCAAUCUCUUAUGCCAUGGUGAUCUCACUGAUGGUUUUAUACCUGUGCCAUUAAAUGAAUCAAAUUAUCACAAGCUAUGGCCAUAUAAUCUACCUCUCUCUGACUGUUAUAGCUUCACAGAUGGAGUACGCAAGCUUUGGGUAUACUCAACGGACAAAUCACAUUCUCACUCCAGCACAACCAAACCUCGGACUGAAAUCAGCAUUAGCUUGAUUGAUGAUGGAUAUACUUAUGCUUCAGGCAUGUGGCAGUUCGAAAGGCAGGCUUAUGUUCCAAACGGGACAUCAGGUGUCUGCAUCAUGCAAAUCUUUUGUUCCCCUAAUGCUGAUGGAGGGGCCACGACUCUAAUGCUGAGGGUCUAUGAUGGGGCAUUGAAAUACUACCAGCAGCAAACUGUAGAGGACAAUAUUUAUGAUCAAUGGUUCAAAGUGAAUGUGAUUCACGACACAGCUGCAAAAGUGGUAAAGGUUUUCAUCAACAGUGCACUGAAAUUGACCGUUAAUAACCGAGGAGGGAGCAUCCAUUCCUUCAAGUUUGGUGUUUAUACACAGAAUAACAGCUCCUGCUACAUGGAAUCCUGCUGGAAGGGAAUAAAGGUCUUGAAGUUUGUCUAAUUGAAUAAGACCAUAGUAUGUGCCAUAAGUAACCAUGAGGAUAUCUAGAUGUCUUAGAUUGUGCAUCUAACCCCUCAGGAAUGUGGGUGCUCUUUGCAUUUAGCAAACGGAUCGUAGGAAAUAAACUUCAGUUUAUGCAUUAAUAUCUGUCUAUGAACCACGUAAGUGCAUGUGUGGUUCAACAAGCCCACAAACGAUCAGACCCCCAAGUUUUAAGACCAAUAAGACAGAAGGAUCUGUAUCCGAGUCUAAGAUUUAAUAGGUCUCCAAGCUA